ACCCUUUCCUUCAAAAUAAAAAGAAAUAUUGAGUUGCCCACUUUUCAAACUCCAAAGAAGCGGUGGAAGUAAAUUAUUCCAGAUUAAAUUACAAUGAAGAGGAACUUUCCUACAACUUCCAAAGUUCCAAAAUCAAGUUCAACAUCUCAAGAUUUAUCUAACUUGGAAGAAAGAGCUAAUGAGUUGGUACAACAUCAACAAAGCGAAAGAGUUAAUUUAAGCUCCUUAGAGGUUGAUCCAGGGGAAAGAUUAGCAAUUCGAAAAUAUCACCCAAAUGACCAUGAUGCAAUAAGAAGAAAGUAUCUUCAAAGAGGUCCUUUCCAACCUCGAGAGCACAAAUUUCCUCAAAGAAUUUUUUAUGGUAAAUUGCGUCUCUUUAAUCCUCAAUGGUUUGAUGAGUAUGAUCGAUUGGAAUAUAGCAUAACAAAAGAUGCAGCUUUUUGCGUAUAUUGUUAUUUAUUUCAAGAUGAAUGCAUCAAUCAAGGGGGAGGAGAUGUAUUUUCAAGUGUAGGAUUUACAAGUUGGAACAAGAAGGAUAGAUUUGAUACGCAUAUUGGUAGACCAAAUAGUAUUCAUAAUCAGUCAAGAAGGAAAGGUGAUGAUUUGAUGAGACAAAAACAAUCUAUUUAAAGUGUACUUGCGAAACAAUCUGAUCAACAAAAGUUAGAAUAUAGGACUCGUUUAGAGGCUAUGAUUGAUGUGAUAAGAUAUCUUUUGCACCAAGGAUUAUCAUUUCGAGGGCAUCGUGAAGAUGAAUCAUCUUUUAAUAGAGGUAACUAUAUUGAACUUCUUAGAUAGUAUAUUAAAAGAUGUGAUCGUGUUGCUGAUGCAUUUAAAAGAGCUCCAAAACAUAAUCAAUUGACUUCUCCAUAUAUUCAGAAGAAUAUUAUUAUUACAUGUAAGAUGGAAACAAUUAAGUGUAUCAUUGAGGAUUUAAAUAGUGAUCACUUUUCCAUAUUAGUUGAUGAAUCUCGUGAUGUAUCAUGUAAGGAGCAAAUGGCUAUUGUUUUGCGGUAUGUUGAUAGAAGGGGAAGUGUGAUGGAGUGAUUUAUUGGUAUUGUUCAUGUUCGGUGCUUUGUCUCUAAAGAAGGAAAUUGUUGGUUUACUUGCUCAACACUCUUUAAGUCCAUCUUCUAUACGUGGACAAUGUUAUGAUAGAGCAAGCAAUAUGCAGGGUGACUUAAAUGGGCUUAAAAGCUUAAUGCAAAAAGAAAGUAGAGGUGUUCAUUCUAUUCAUUGUUUUGCUCAUCAACUCCAACUAACUCUUGUUGUGGUUUCUAGAAGAUGUGAUGAAGUGCAAGAACUUUUAUUAGUUGUUUAUGAUAUAUAAAAUAUGGUGGGAUCUUCUUUCAAGCGUAGAGAUGAACUUCGUGAAUCCCAAGCGGAAGAAAUUGAAGAAGCAUUACGUAAAGGUGAGCUUGAAACUGUGAGGGGGUUAAAUCAAGAAUUAGGUCUUGGUAGGGCUGGUGAUACUCGAUGGGGAUCUCACUACAAAUCCUUUAACAAUUUUAUUCUUAUGUUUGGCCCUAUCACUGAUGUACUUGAUGCUAUUGAUGUUAAUGCACGUUUUGAAGAAAAGUGUAAGGCGAACGGAUAUGUUAAAGCAUGUUUAACAUUUGAGAUUGCCUUCAUGUUGUAUUUUAUGCGUACUGUUUUAGCAAUUACAAAUGGGCUUAAUGUUGCCUUUCAAAAGAAUGAGCAAGAUAUUGCAAAUGUUGUGAUACUUGUUAGAGUGGCAAAGGAUCGGUUGCAACUACUGAAAGAGGACGGUUGGGCUUCACUUAUUGAUGAAGUAUCUAAGUUUUGUAUCAAAUAUGAUAUAUUGAUACCUAACUUUGAUGAGCCUUAUAUGAUCCUUGGAAGAUCACGUCGUAGAGUUGCAGAGUACUACUCUAUUUUACAUCACUAUCGUGUUGUAGUGUUUUGUAAAACUAUUGAUUGACAAUUUUAUCGC